AGCGAGUGUGCGACGAGAAUAUAUAACCAGUUCGUUAUUGUUUUGUUACCUUGAAAGAAAUAUAUAACUUCUAUUUCGGGUUAUUUGUGAGUUUAUCGCCUUACAACAUUCUAAGUUCGCGAUACAGUGGCACCACCCAGAUGGGAGAAAGUGAGAAGUGAGUGAAAUUUCAUAAUAAGUGAGUUCAAGACUGUGAAUUCAAGAUGGCCGUCGUGGAAGAGUUUGUCAAGAAAAUCGACAAAAAACUUGGAUUUUUAUCGUAUCUGAACGAAGAAACUGAACAAAUUAUGCAGAGAAAGGAUCAAAAGGAAAUCGAGAGACAGUCUAGAGUAUACGAAACGAAAGUGGACGAAAUUCAGGAGCUGAAAAUUCAAAUACAAGAAUUGAAACUAGAGGAAGGGGAAAUCCCCAGUGAAGUAAAGAAAUGGAGAAUCGGAAUCGAGGAAAGACUGAAGGAGUUUCAGCCCAUAGCUGCAGGUAUGAAAGAAAUUAUUGAAAGUUUUAAACAUGAUGCAAAAAAGAAAGAGCAAGAAGUAGAUUUAGAGCUAGAAAGACAAAAAUUUGAGCAAAGAUUACAACUAGAGGCAAAAUUAGUUGAAUUGAAGGGGAGAUCCCUCGUGAGGGAAAAGCCUGUAACCGCAGUGAAGCUUCCAAAGCUAAGUAUCACCAAAUUUAAAGGAACACAUAUAGACUGGUUCCGCUUUUGGAAUCAGUUCGAGACUGAGGUCGAUAAGCAAAACCUAGACCCUGUCACUAAGUUUAAUUACUUGAAAGAAUUCAUAGAGCCAAAAGUACGUAUAAACAUUGAGAAUUUGAUCCACAAUGGUGAGGGCUACGAGAGGGCUAAACAAAUAUUGAAGUCUAAAUAUGGCAGGCCAAGUGAAGUUAUAAAUGCACAUGUACAGUGUAUUAUUGAGUUACCAGUGAUAAGGGGGUCAAACCCACACAAAAUCCAUGAUUUUUUCAACAAGUUGUUGCCAAGUGUACAAGCACUUGAAUCAUUAGGGAGACUGAAAUCAAUUUCAGGUUACACAAGGCUCACAUUGGAUAAGCUAGAAGGGAUACGAGCUGACUUGGUGAGAUUAGAUGACCAGUGGCAAGAAUGGGGAUUCCCGCAGCUAAUUGAAGCCUUGAGUAAAUGGACUGAAAGGAACCCCCUUACACAGUCUGAGGGGAGGGACAGGAUGUUUACCACAAGGAAUUCCAAUUAUCUACCAAGAUCAUGUGUAUACUGCGAGCAUGAAAACCACAAAUCUUCAGAGUGCAAAAAGGUUGUAAAAGUGAGCGAGAGAAGAGAAAUUUUAAGGCAAAAAAGAUUGUGUUUCAAUUGUACAAGCAGUGGACACAAAGCAUCAGUCUGUACAAGCAAAGGAAGUUGCCGAAAUUGUAGGGGAAAGCACCACACUUCAGUUUGCGACAAAGUUGAGAAACAGGGAGAUGUUCUUCUGGUUACUGGGGAACAAGGUGUGGUGCACCCAGUUGUUAUAGUGAAGGUAGAAGGAGUGCUCUGUCGAGCCCUGUUGGAUACAGGGGCUGGCAGCUCUUAUGUAUCAUCACAGUUAAUUGAGAAAGUCGCCAAGCAGCCAAUCAAGAGAGAACAACGCCAGAUAGACAUGAUGAUGUCCACCAAGAUAGCAAAGAUCGAAAUCUAUAAUCUGAGGGUGGAGAGCAAAGACCAGAGUUUCAGUCUAAACUUAGAUGUGAGCAAAGUGAACAGGAAGGAGCUUUUGACAGUGCCUAACCCAAACUAUGGAGAAAUGACUAAGAAAUUUUCACACCUUAAAGGUGUGUAUAUGGAAGAAAGAUCAGACAAAGAAGCGUUACCAAUACAUCUUAUCAUAGGAGCUAGUGACUAUGCAAAGAUAAAAACUCCAACAAAGCCUAGAGUAGGGAAGCCAGGGGAGCCAGUGGCAGAGCUUACAGGGUUCGGAUGGACUAUAAUGUCACCUGGAUACGAGAUAGAAUCAAAUAACAUGUUUUUCGCAAAGUCAGCACUUGCCGAUUUUGAUAAAUUAUGUUCACUAGAUGUCCUAGGCAUACAGGACAAAGCAGAGAAAGACAUAGUUAUCCAAGAUUUCAAAGAUCAGUUGGAAAGGAGCCCAGAAGGUUGGUACAGGACCGGUCUUCUUUGGAAAUCAGAGAUCCCAGACCUGCCAGACAAUGAACAAGGAAGCAAGUCAAGAUUGAAAAGGCUCGUGCAAAGGUUAGAAAGACAGCCAGAGCUUUAUGAUAAGUAUGAAGAAAUACUACUGCAACAGGAGCAAGAAGGAAUUAUAGAGAAAGUUACCUGUCAGAGCAAAGAAGGAAGAAAGUUUUAUUUGCCACACCGAGCCAUAGUAAGAGAGUCAGCAGAGUCGACCAAAGUAAGAAUUGUAUUCGAUGCAUCUGCAAGAGCAAACGAUCAAUCACCAUCACUCAACGAUUGCCUCGAAACAGGCCCCCCAUUGCAAAACCUGAUCUGGGACAUUUUGGCGCGAAACAGAUUGCAACCCAUCACACUAUGCGCAGAUAUGAAACAAGCUUUCCUACAAAUAAGAAUUAAAGAGCAGGACAGAGAUGUGUUAAGGUUCCAUUGGUUGAAAGACAGAGAUUUAGAGAAACUUGAAGUCUAUCGAUUCACUCGAGUAAUGUUUGGAUGCAGCCAAUCGCCAUUUUUGCUUUGUGCUACCGUAAAGAAACAUCUUGAAGAAUGUAGAGCAGAGUUUCCUGAGGAAGUCUCAGAAAUUGAAAGAAGCAUCUACGUCGAUGACCUUCUGCUAGGUGGGUCAUCCAUCACAGAGGUACAGAAAUUGAAAGAGUCAGCCAUAGAAAUAUUCGACAGUGCAAAGUUUACAUUGCACAAAUUGCACUCAAACAGAAAAGAGUUAGAGACAGAUGAUGGUGAUCAAGAAGAAAUAGAUGAGAGUUUUGCCAAACAGCAGCUGGGAACAAAGGCCAAAGAGUCCAAACUAUUAGGGCUUACAUGGGACAAACAGAAGGAUACCAUUGCAGUCUCAAUAAAGAAAGAGAAAGGAAGAGGAUCAACAAAGAGAGAAUUAUUGCAACAUCUGGCUUCAAUAUAUGACCCACUGGGAAUUAUUUCACCAAUUACCCUAGUUGGAAAGAUCAUUUUCAGAGAUGCAUGUAAACAAGGUGUCAAAUGGGAUGAAGGACUACCAAAAGACCUCAAUGAAAGAUUCGUGCAGUGGAGUAAAAAUUUGCCAGAAAGAGUAGCAAUACCCAGAAGCAUUCCAACGAAAGAGGGGAGAAUAACUUCGAUUGAGCUACACGUGUUCGGAGAUGCGAGUAUAGACGGGGUAGCAGCUAUAGUUUAUGCAGUCAUAAGGCAGGAGUCUGAGAAAAGUCAAGGACUUUUGGUAGCAAAGUCUCGCCUUGCAAAGAACAACCUUACAAUUCCAAGGCUUGAGUUGGUAGCUGCACACAUGGCAGCUAAUCUCGUCGACAACGUAGUAAGAGCACUUGAAGGACACCCAAUUGAAAAUGUCUAUGCUUGGCUUGACAGCACUGUUGCCCUUCAUUGGGUGAGAGGAGAGAACCGUUAUAAACAGUUUGUGAGUAACCGGGUCUCAAAGAUUAAGGAGAAAGAUUAUAUAGUUUGGAGACAUGUACCAUCUGAACUGAACCCAGCUGACAUAGCAAGUCGAGGAAGCAAUAUUAAAAAAUUGACAGAUGAUUGGUUCAGAGGACCAGAUUGGAUUCAAUGUCAAGUAGAGUGGCCAAAAGAUAUAAAGACAACAGCAGACACUGAUACAGAGCUAGAGGCAAAGCCAGUGAAGGAAAUACUCAAGGUUGGACGAGAGAUAAGAGAUGUACUAACUGAAAGGAUCCUAGAGAAGUACUCAUUUCUUAAAGCAAUGAAAGUGACAGCUUGGUUGAAAAGGUUUGCAAUUAACUCAAGAUUAAAGAAAAUAGACAGAAGAGUCGGUCCAUUGACAACUGCGGAACUGCAAGAUGUAAUAGCAUUUUGGAUUAGAAAAGUUCAAGGAGAGUUUGAAGUAAAGCUAGAGUUCAAAGAAACACAAAAGCAACUAGGGUUAGAGAAAGAUGAGAGAGAAAUCUAUGUUUGUAAAGGAAGAAUUCAAGGAGAGUACCCAAUCUUUCUCCCAACCGAUGUUCUAUUUAGUGAGAAAUUGGUUUCCUAUGCGCAUUUGAGCACUCAUUGUGGAGGGUCAAGUCUUACAAUGGCGAAAGUUAGAGAGGACUAUUGGAUUCCAAGAUUGAGAAAGCUAGCAAAAGGAGUCAUCAAAAAGGGUAACACCUGCAAAAGAUUCAAUGCGCGACCAGUUUCCAAGCCAAAACCAGGCUUAUUGCCGGAAGACAGAACUGAAGGAACAAGACCUUUCGAAGUAGUCGGUGUUGAUUAUGCAGGCCCAAUUAGUCACAAAACAAGAAAAGGGGAGAAGGAAAAGCACAUAUCUUAUUGUUUGUUUGCAGUCUAACGAGAGCUGUUUACAUGGAAGUUGUUCCUGACACAACAGCAAAGAUUUUCCUCCAAUGCCUGAAAAGGUUUACAGCAAGACGUGGACGGCCUAAAAAGAUUUAUUCAGACAACGCUCAGACAUUUAAAUUUGCAGCAAAGUGGUUAAAACAACUAAUGAAAGAUGAGGAAUUCCAUGAUUUCUUAAGAGAGCAGUCCAUCAAGUGGCAAUUCAACUUGAGUAAAGCCCCCUGGUGGGGUGGCCAGUAUGAACGAAUCAUAGGUUUAACCAAGCAAGUAAUGUACAGAAUUUUAGGAAAAGCAAAGCUGAGUUAUGAUGAGCUACAAGAAAUGAUGCUUGAUGUUGAGAUAACGCUUAACAAUCGUCCAUUAAGCUAUAUUGAGGACGAUGUGCAAAUGCCUCUGUUAACCCCAAACAUGAUGCUGUUGAGCCAUCAGAACGCUCUUCUAGAGUCAGAGGUCUGCAGGGUGCAGGACAGGGAUUUGCGCAAGAGAGCAAGAUAUCUGCAGAAAUGUCGCGACAACCUCUGGAAGAGAUGGAAGUCAGAAUACAUGAGAUCACUCAGGGAAAGACACAACUUAAAGUGCAAGGACGGAGGAGAAAGUAUAGAAGAAGGAAAAGUAGUUUUGAUAAAAGGCGACGAACGUAACAGAGGCGAAUGGAACAUAGGCAUUGUUGAUAAAGUCAUUCAAGGCAAAGAUGGAGUUGUUCGAGGCGCAAGGCUAAGAACAGGAAAGACAAAGAUAGAACGGGCAGUGCAGUUGUUAUAUCCUCUAGAGAUAGAUUGCGAUGUACCGGAAAAGGAGACAAAGAAGGCCGAGAAUUUGAACCCACAAGCCAAAGAGUUUAGACCACAACGACGAGCUGCACAAAUUGCCAAGAGUUCAGUAAAAGAAACAUUCGCAUAUGAAGACAAGGAAUUAGAAGAUGAUUAACAUUGACGUUUGGUACCUAUUCGGUCCAAACGGGGGGAGUGUGUGUAAAAUAAAAACUGCUUAUAAUUAACCGCGGGGAAGGAGCGAGCGCGUGGGGGUGAGGAGCUUCAGAGACAUGACUUUUACUAUUCAAAAAAGCGAGUGUGCGACGAGAAUAUAUAACCAGUUCGUUAUUGUUUUGUUACCUUGAAAGAAAUAUAUAACUUCUAUUUCGA